AUGGCCGACGCUCCUUUCGACCUCCCCGGGCACUACUGGGACAGCGAUAAGAAGCGCUUCUUCAAGAUCCUUUCCGGUCAGAGCGAUGCAGCUCCAGGGUCGAGCAGCGCCAGCGACAAAGCCAGAGCCUCGAAAAGCAAGAAGAAGGAAGACGAGGAGACAGCAAAGAGAGUGCGGCACUUUGCAUCGACGCCGCUCCUGCCCGCGAUCCAACCGGCCAACAUAGCGCUAAAAUCAGCCAAUGAUCCAUGCAAAGCUGUCUCGGACCCAGUCUCGCUCAGGCAGCAAGGCAGGACGUCUCUGACGGCCAGUCAGGCUGGCGCUAGGUCUCGAAUCGAGGGUGCUUACUCGCAUCUCGCUCUUUGUACUGCGAAACGGCCCUUGCGCAAUUGCUCCGAUCGGCCCGAGAUUGUGGGAUUACAGACGGACGUAGGGGGACACGCUUUGUUCGUGCUUGAUCUCAAAUGGAUAGUCAGGAUCCUUCCAACGAGCGAAUACACGCCCGUGGUGUUCCACUGUUACCACGGCCUCACACCGUCAUCGAUGUGGAGGAGCUCGCGGAUGCUCUGGUUCGGCCUGUCUCUGGUGCAAGAUUCAGAGACGGAAGAUUCAGAGACAGACGGACCACGGAACGACGACGUGCAGAGAGGUAUUGCCUGCCUACCCAUGCCCGAGGCCCGGGUACGCGAGGAAGAAGAUCAGAACUCCGACGACUCGCAGCCAAGAGACAGCAUCGUUCAAGUGUCGCUUUAUGAGAACCCAAUCAGCUCCCACGGCUCACACUCAUGGACUUUCUUCGAGAUCGAGGACUCUCUUGAAGGCGACAUACGGAUCGAUGAUGAUGUUGAUGAUGGCGCGAACCAAGAAAGACGCCGCAGCUCGGUCUUUAUCGCCAUAGCGCAACCCAAAGGAAUCGUCAUCCGCAGACUUGUAUCUGACUGGCCGGGUGAAGACUACGACGACUCAUGCACAAUCACGAUCCCCUUCGACAGCGACGUUAUGGCGUGUGCGUUCGAUCCUAGCGGGGAGGUGCUCUACUGCGGUACUCGCUCGGGUCACGUCCUCUUUUGGCGCCACUUUACGACACACUUUCUACGAAACGAAAAAUGCUUUGUCGGCUGGCCGAUCGACGGCGAAGGCUCCAUCACCAAUUUGUCCAUCGUAUCUUCGACCGAGAUGCUCGUCGUUCGCAUCCACGGAGGCGUUCAACUGAUCGAUCUCACGACCGGCCAAGUCAAGCGACGCUACGAGGGCCACAUCAACUCCUACUCGUAUUCACUGGGCUUUGCCGUCGACAAAGAUCUUCGCCUCCUUGCUCUAGCAGGGCUGGACCGCCGCGUGCGCAUCUGGUCCCUCGACUCGCCCCUACCACUCGGCACCUCCGCCAACGGUUUGGCCCCCAUUUACCAUCCACCCGAGAUCCAUCGGCCCGGCCAAAGCCCUGAUACCUUGUAUGACGAGUCGCUCGACGAGACCUUCACCCGUCGCCACGCAGCCACCGACGGCCGGCCAGCUAUCACCCGUGGCUCGACGCUGAGCAGCAUCGUCUUUCCCGAAGACGUCAGUGUCCUGCACUGGCACCCGCGUUAUCGGUACGAAGGCUGCGACCUGUACGAGGUGCAGGCGAUGCGCGAGGCGCAGAGCGAAUGCUACGGUCCAUCCGAACAGCGCUGGAUGGACCUGUAUGUGGGCGUUGGCGAGUGGCUGUAUCAGUUUCGAUUCCCAUGA